UGUUAAUGUUGAUCCUUGGUUGAUCACCGUCAAGUCGAACCUUGAACCUUUGCCACUAAGCGAUGUAGUUACCUGGUUUACAACAUUUUUUAUAUACAGAUUUUGAAGAUAAAAGAAAGAGGUACAAAUGAGAGAAUAUGUCAAGUGACUGGUAUGCAUACAAGACCAAAGGUGGGAACACUCUUUUCUUUUAUAACACGAAAACUGGAAAACACAUAUGGGCAAACCAUUGCAGCAAUAGAUUACAGUUUGAGUUCAUUAACAACGGAUUUGAGGAUCGUAAUGGAAAAUGUGCGCUUUCCAAAGGGACAUGUAAGGAAAAUCCAUCACACUGGCGACCAUACACAUUGAAAUCAGGAGAUGUUCUGUUUUAUUAUAAUAUCAUUACUGGAGAACACAAAUGGGACAUGAACUUUAAUUUGUCGAAUUCGUCGUCGAUACCAUCAGAGCCAGUACUUCUCAAGUAUGACAUUGAUGGUGAAGGAACAAGUGAAUCCAUGAAGGUGGAUCAAAAUGGCAACACAAUUCAUCUAGCAACAACUGACUACACUGGAGUUAAGACGGGAAUUGAUGAAAAUGCGACGGCCAUUGAGUCAGACCUGAUACAGCACAACUUAACCUUAGAUCAAUCAGAAAACUCGCCAGAAAAUCAGUUUUUAAGGAAACCAAGUUCUAUUGAAACGAAUUCAAAUUUUAUGGCAUUGCGUAGCACUUUACGAUCAAGAGAUCGAGUAUCACAUGUCGAUUCGAGAGAAGCAUGUUUACAGGAGAGAAACAUGUAUUAUGAAGAACACUUCAGCGAUACCAGCUCCUCCAGUGAAGACAACUGCUCAAAUUUUUCCGAUGAGCUUCCAGAAAUUUCAACAAGCGAAAGCGAAGAGGAGCAGGUGGAAGAAGAAAGAGCGAGAAUAAAACAACGAAGAUCUAAAUACGAUGUGGAGAAAUUAACUGAAAACUUUUCGAGUGGUCCAGAUAAUGUUGAUUGCAUAGUUCAAAGGAGAGGAGAAAAAUACACUGCGUCAGAACUACGACCAUCAAGCUUUAUGCAAAAUGGAUCUUCUUUGAGCGAAAAUAGUAAAGGGAGAGAAGGAGUUACUAAAGACCAAGAAAAAAUAGCAUUUGCAAUAGAUAGAAUCUCAUUGAAUGGUUCUGAGAGAUACCAAGUACACGAAUUACGACAUGCAAGUUUACAACAAAACACAUCGACUUUUGAACAAGGAAGCGCAAACAACAGAAUUUUAUUAACUCGCUAUGAACAAGAAGGAAGAUCGUCUCCGUUUAGAUUAACAGGUCAGGACAGAAUGCCAAAAAUCGAUGAUAUAUUCAGUAUGGCAGACAGUUCUAAUCAGGAAGUAGAGAAAGCGAACUUGGAGAAAUAUCAAGAACGUGUUGACAGCAUGAAUCGUAAUACAAUUUACGAACCCGGGUCUGUAAAGAAUUCAGAGACAAGCAGUGUUGGUGUAAAUAACUUAUUAACGCACCAAAAUAACAGUAGUGUGUUAGGGCUAAAUCUUAGUCCAGUAAAUAACAGCCAAAGCUCUUGCACACCUCUUACAAGGGAAGGCAGCAGAUCCAUGUCUUUCAGGCCUGUUGGAAUCCAUAAUCACCCGCAAUGUACUAUGCCUACCAUAGAAGACGUGUUUAGCCUUCCAAAGAACACUACAAAUCUUGUAGUUAAGAAAGUAAGCUAUGAGAAAGGUGAUAAAAAUAUUGACAGCACAAAGUUUGAUUAUGAAGCUAGUCAGUUCAAGUUCAAAGACUCAAUAGAGCUACAAGAAAUUAUCAAUCAAAUCCAGCACUCGAUGACAGGGGAAAAACAAGAAACUUUAAAGUUGUGCAGUGAAACGAUGUUUACUUUAAGAAACUAUUCUUCUACGGCUUCCGAAUCUUUGCCAAUGGGACGGUCUAGCGAGGAACGCCCUGAAUCCAAUAGCAAUAUAUUAUCGCCUAUUAAAGGAAAAGACAACGAAGGUCGGCCAAAUAGAGAAUCAGAAGACGGGUCUGUAAAACAAGAUGUGGAUAAUAACAGCCCAAGAUCUGGAACAACAUGGGCAAUGGAAAACACAUGGGCAAUCAUGCAAACCGAUAAAGAUGCAGAGCAAGAGGACGACGAAACGGCUACAGUAGUUAAGUCCUUAGAAUCUAAAGAAGAAAACACUUUGCAUCGCACAUUAACGAUUGGAAAAGAGCAAUAUCGGGUUGAGGAAGUGAUGGACAGCGAACACGUUCAACACGUCAGCGGCAAUACCGAUCACCCGGAUGAAAAUAGUUGCAUGUGGAAUAAAGGAGAAUUGGUGGACAUUUCUAGUGAUGAAACUUUACCUCGUAGAGGCACAACAGAGGAAGUUCCCACCAUAUAUCAGAMUGAAGAAGCAAAUCCAGACAAUGUGAGCUAUCGUUAUCAUUACUCUAUAAAGUGCUUAUUACCCAUGAUCGGCAAUACUCUUAAUCAGGCUGAAACUUUGCGUGCUAGUUGCCAUAAUCGUAGACCAACCAUGAUUCUCAGUUCACAAUACAUUAGUGUGCUUCCAACAGCAGAAUCAAUGGCUCCUGCGACGGCAUUUAGUAAAGAUAAAGGUGAUAUACCACGCACUACGACUUCUACCAAUACUAGUAGUGACCCGAGCAUUUUUGCGACAAAUAGCAGUGAAAGAAACAGAGUACUAACCUCUUUGCCAGCUACGGCAAUAAAACAAGAACAGCCAGAAACAAACCACAAUGUUUUCAAUAAAAGACGAACAUCAAUCGAGACUUUGACACCAGACUCCAGUUAUUUUGCUAAUGAUAGUGCUUUAGAAACGAGUGUCGAUUCAAAUGAUCUCCUCAGUUCACUGAUGUGCUUUGGCGUUAGCUCUCUCAGUAAUGGUUUACCAACCGUUGUUGAAGAACAUGUACAAUCAAGUUACAAGUGUUAUUACUGUUCCAAGGACUUUUGUUUUCAAGAACUUAAGAGGCACCUUGCACUGCGCCACUUACUUUUUGGAGGCGUAUUUUUAUGUAACAGCUGUGAUGACUCAUUCUUCUCACAAGAAGAAUUCUCCCAGCAUCUUCUGCUACAUGAUGAAAUAAAACCAGUCAAGUGUAGACACUGUGACAUUGAAUUUGUCACAGUAGAAGAGUUGGCUUCUCAUAUGGCUUCCCACCUAGAUGAACCAAAGUAUCCAAAAUACGCGAAGAGAAGAACAGCUCUUGAAUUGGUUGGCAAGGAAGAAAGCCAACACCAAGAUGGGUCCCAAAAAACAAUUAACUCAGAUAAAGAAGAUAAACCAGAAAAAAGACGGCGUUGCUCUGAUUGUGAUAAAGACUUUAGGCACUAUUUUGCCCUUCGACUCCACCUCAGAACACACGGCAAAGAAAAUAAUCAUUUAUGCCUUCUUUGCGGAAAUUGGUACUUGGACUUGAAAUCACUUAGAAAACACGUUGUCAUUCAUCUGAGAGAAAAGCGCCUGGAGUGCGACAUUUGUCACAAGAUCUUCCGGUUCCACAGUGAUUAUCUACAACAUGGACUGGUUCAUGUACCUGGCCAGCUAUUUAGAUGCGAAAGAAGGGGAUGUAGAGAACUUUUCAACACUUGGGAUGAACUCCGCCAACAUGAGAUAGUUAUACACGAAGAAAAACGUUAUCGAUGCACAGAAUGUGGAAAAUCCUUUUCCAGACAAGAGAAGUUAAUUUGGCAUCUUCGUCUUCAUACCGGAGAAAAACCAUUAGAAUGCCAGAAAUGUGGACAACGAUUUCGGACUAGGGUUGUUUUAAGAAACCAUGAAAAGAUUCAUUUGGAUUUCAAAACAUUCAAUUGUAAUGUCUGCAACAAAGGGUUCAAACAGAAGUGUUCAAUGCUUCGACAUCUAAAGACCCACAGCGCAAUUCCUAAAGGGUACCUAUGCAAUAUUUGUAAGAAACACUUCACACAGUCGUGUUCGCUGCAAAGGCAUAUGCGUAUUCAUUCAGGAGAGAAAUUUAAAUGCCCGAAGUGUCCAAUGAAGUUUCUUGAAGCAUGGCGAAUGCGCAUCCACAUCAAGAACAAGCAUUCAGAAGAGUAAUGUAAUAUUAAAUCAUAGUAAAAACUAUGAUUGAAUUAACUAGAUCGAAGAUGGAUGGCAACAUAAAAAGCAAGCUUAUUGUACGUCUAUUGUACGUCCUGAUAUCCGGCGACGACGCCCGUGCGAGAAAAUAUGAUAUUCCCCUAACUUGCGUUUUUUAACUUAAUCUUGUAAAGAAAAGAAAAAAGAAAAAGAAAAAAAAAAGGAAAAAAAAGGACCGCAGUUGACGCAGUUGCAAUUUUCCAUUAUUAUAGUACUGCCACAAUACAAUUUAAGCGCAAUUCACGCAUUGAUUGCAUGAAUCUAUUGGCAUAAUUUUUGCUUUAUUUCGUAUUACUUAGUACUUUUGCGUCGAUACUCCUCGAUAUUAAUAUAGAAGUUAAAUAUAUCGCAAACUUUCGAAUGUUGCUAUCACUCGUGUUGGAUGGCGGAAACAAACUUGUUUCUGCACGGGGAAGAAUUUAUUAACCUUGGACUUUGGGCAUGCGAUCGUUGUUGACCUAUUUUAUAUAUUCAAUAUUCUGAAUAAAGUGAUUAA